ACUCAAGUCCAACAAUAUGUUGACUUGGUUGCUAAGGGCCCAUUCAGCCAAUUGACUGAUUUGGAUUUGUACUUUGAAGCUAAUCGUAGAUAUUACAGAUUCAACAUCAAGUUGCCAAUCGUUCCACACAAGUUUGUUGAACCAUUGGUCAUCCAAGGUGCUGAAAACUUCUUUAAACAAUGGCACGCAAUUGGAAAGGAACAAGAAGUCCAAAAGAUUUUCCCAUGCACUCCUGUAUAUUCUGAUGUAAAUGCCUGUGCUAAGGUUUUGUCUGAAGGUUUCCGUUUGGCCAUUUUGACUGGUAUUGACAAUCCAAGUAAUAUUGUUGCUGCUGGUUCUUUCUUCUAUGAUCCUGUUGGUAAGGUUAACGUUUUAUUACGUCUUGAAUACAAUGCUCCAAAGCAAGCUUACAGAUUAACUGUCAAGGCUCAAGAUGCCACUAUUGCUCAACAAGUUUUCAAUUACAUCUUACAAGAACUCACCUCCCAAUAA